GUAACCUCGUACGCGAGUCAUGAGUUUCGUGAAAAAUUACGCGCUUUCGUGUCGUCAGAGUGAGCAAACAUUUUCUGAAUAAUUGAAGAAGUUAAAGGAAAAGAAAGAAGAAAAAAAGAGAGAGAGAAAACAGUGAAAGAUGUCUUACGCCGAGCACGGACCGCGUAUUUUUUUGGCGGGUAGACCAAACAGUGGAGUGCCACUGACGUACGGGGAUUACGUCGUGCCGAAAAAACGAUCGGAGGGUCGCCUGAAGCUGUAUAAUUCAUGCACGGAUAUUCGAGCUUGGAGUCCGAACGCUUUGGAGUGCUCGCGUUACUUUCGCGAGCUCAACGAACAUGACCCUGCGCCCGGGAGAGUGGUGCCAUUCAAUGUGGUAAUGGAAAACAUGAUAGGACUCACGGCUCAAGCUCAGCGUGAGCUUCGUGCUGUGCGGCGAGAACUGCAGAAAUAUAAAUCCCUGAGGCUUACGUCGGAACAGCAGAAGUAUCUGGAGAAUUUCGUGAGCUUACUGACAAAUGACGUUUCCAGUGACGACAAAGCCGCUGUCGCGACGAGAGAAACGGAAGAAACGAGGAUUGAGCCCGUAAUAAGAACGCUCCCACAGAAGGGACGCGAAUUACUCAAUGCGAAUAUUGCGUCCUCGCAGAAUUUCGACACGUACCUGUCCAUAUAUUUUCAUCCUUAUCGAUAUAGCAAAGGAAUCCGCAAUUGGUUACUAACUAACACGCCUGUUCAGAAAGCAAAUCUGAAUACGAAUCCAUUAUUGGAAAGUAAUGCCUAUCUGGUUCCGCGCGUAAUGUCCUGCGAUAUACUGACUGAUGAGAAAACUACGCGAGAUAGCAGCGAUCACGCUUGCAUCGAGUACGCCGACGCAUCUUUCCAAGCGAUGCUCGCGGAAGUUCGCGAAGUCGCUGUGCAAACGGACGAAUGUAAAAAUAUUGACGAAUACGACAAACAGUCUAACGUCGAUUCCGCUUCCAGUGAGUAUUACGAGAGCAGCGAAAGUGCGUCCACAUCCGAAAGCGAGUCAGGAGUGAACACGGAUCCCGAAAUUUGCGAGAAGAACCACAAGAGAGUUAUUAUUCAAAAGGAUUCGGAAAUCAUCGUUUUGAAAAAUGAACUCGGUAUGAAGGACGAUGAGCUGGAUGAGCUGCGAGAAUUAAACAGGGAGUUGCAGGCUUUAUUAAAGGAAAAGGACGAAAACGCGAAUAUUCUGAAGCGUAAUCUGAAUACCAUGCAAGAGAAGUUGAAAAUAAUGAAGGACCAGCGUAACAACGAAGUGGGAGAGCUGAGUGCAAAACUCUCCUCCACAGAGUGUCUGGUGGAUCAGCUAAAAGCAGAGUUAAGUAGGAAAUGUCAAGUUUGUUAUUUCCAAUCGCAGGAGAUCCAGAAACUUGGGAAACAAGUUAAAGAGGCGGAAUUAGUUUCUGCGGAAAAUGAGUCUCUUAAACGGAAGGUGCGGGAGAUGGAACAUUUGUCGAGGGAAGCGGAGAGCUGCGGCGUCGCCUUAAAGCAAGUGAAAAAUGUCUGGCGGGAGCGGGAUAUGCUCCAAAAGCAGUGCCACGAACAAAGUUGCACCCUGAUGGACAGAGAAGACGAAAUAAAACGACUGUUGACGUUGAUAAAGCAAAUGUCCGUUACGGCUGACAAUCGUGAGGUAGAGAUGAAUGAUUUAGUGGCCAGUUUGCAAAAGGAGAUUCAGGUCAAAAACAACAAGAUCUCGCAGUGCGAAACGCAGCUAGUUUGCAUGGAGCGUGAAGUCGGUAAUCUGACUAACAGGCUAAAAAACAGUCUGAAUAAUUUGGACGAGUCUAAGAUAGCGUACGAGGACAUUUGCGAGUACACAAAGUGUGAGCACGACACUUGUCUGGAUGUGCAGAGCGCGUUGUUGGCUUUAAAAGCGUUCAUAGCCGAGUUGGAGGAGUGCAAACUAGAACGACACAAUCGUCUGCGGGGGAUAGAUAAUUUAAAGGCUUGUGUGGCAUGUUACAGCCAAGAAUUGUCCGUCAGCGAACUAACAAACGUAGAUUUUGAUAUGGGACGUGGAUCGAUCCAGCCGACAGCAGAAGAUGUUACCUCGUCGAGCAAUUACGACGACUCGUCGAAAGAAGUGAUCAACGUUCAAAUUCAAUCAGACGAUGUCGAUAGCACCACGACGUGUUCCGAACGAUCGGGGAAAGUGAAACUGAACGAAGUAAUUUCGUACGAGGAGAUCGAUCGCGCCCUCGCGACUCACAUCAAACGUUCCAUCGACAAGAUACACGAGAUAUCCUCGGUUCUUCAAGGCGCCGGCGAUCACCACGUGCAGAUCGUCAAAGAGUUCGCGCGGCAGCAACAGGAGUUGCAGAAGAGAGACCACGAGAUUGCGGAAUUGAAACAAAAAGUGACGGAGCACAUGUUGCGAAGGGGUGAGGGCGACUGCGCGAUUCAGGAGCAGUUGAGAAAGAGAAUGCUGGAGAAGGAAAAGAUGAUGGAGAUCGCGAUCAACAACAGAGACACGGAGAUCGAGAAGCUGCACGAGCAUCUCACCGUGCUGGAAAAUAAGAUUUCUUUCUACCGCGUGGAAUGCGAUACGUUGAAAAUCGAGAACGCUAAUCUUGUCGAAUUGAGACGCGCGCUCACGAAAGAGAACGACGCGCGAAACGAGAAAUUAAGAGCGCAAAGGGAACAGAUAUGUAAACUAAAUCAGCAGAUAGAAGUUUUGAAACAGACAAUCAAUAUUCUGAAGACGGAAACGGAAAAUAUCGACGAUAUGAGAAAGAAACUGAUCGAUCUGGAGAUGAAGAACAACGAUCUUACGAACGAGCUCGUGCAGGCGAACGAGACCGUCUACAGAAACAAUAAGAUCAUAUCGGAUCUGAAAUCCAGAGAUGAAAAGAACAAACUGGCAUUGACGCACGAGAGUAUCAAAUACGACGCCAUGAUAACGCAGAAGCACAGCGAUAUCGUCAAGCUGCAAGACGAGAAUCAGACGCUGCGCGAUCGGCUGACGGAGACCGAGAUCAAACUCGCGCAGAGCGAAGACACGAUCUCGUUGCUGCGGAGAGAAUGCGACAACGUUGCCGCGAUGAACGCGCUGCAGACGAGCCUGUCGGACUUGGACACGGACAAGGAGAAGCUGCUGGCGAAAGUGGACUACUUGAAGAGCGAGAUCGCGAUCUAUCAGAACUCCACGGCGAGCGUUGAAUGCGAGCUGCGGGAGUUGUCGCGUAAAAACGAGGAGCUGAGGACGAACAUCGAGACCGUAAAAAGCACUAAUGAUCAAUUGUUUCACGAGGACACGACGACACAAUCGUUGAAAGACGCGCUGUGGACGCUGCCGGAAAAAAUUUAUAAGAGAAUCGUGCGUAUUCGCACAGAAAUUGCGCAGCACAUCGAGGAGUCGAAGAGCGAACGAAAGGAUGAAACUCUUAUUGACAUUGAAGACGAAAAGAGUGCGGGACAGACGAAAGAGCACUCUGAUAAGGCGUGUCAACAAGAUGAGGAAUUUUGCACGAGCCGACGCACGGGUGAUAAAUUGGAUUCGUUCGCUCAAGAAGAGGAUUUUAAUACUGAAAACGUCUCGCGCCGGUUAAGAUUCCUCGAAAGACAGUACGAGGAAAAACAGCAGGAAAUUAAAAGCUUGAUGAAUAACGUGAAGCUGAGAGACUACGAGAUAAAGAAUCUUCAGGAGUGCCUCACUUAUUUAUUGCAAGAGAAAAACGAGUUACAAAAUAAAGUAAAAAUCCAAGUGGAGGAGUAUCAGAGCAAAUUAACGAUAAUGAAAAAGAAAUACGACAGCAGUUUAAAUGCUUUUCGCCGAAGACACAAUGAAAACGUCGAACAAUUGCAAGCGAGAUUCGAGGAUAUUAUGAGAAUCGAGAAGAGCCCGUUCGACGCGGAAAGCUGGCUACGGUCGCUGGACCAAAAGGAACUGAUGGAGCUGCAUAAUCGAAUCGAUAUUAUGAGCUCGCGCGCGGCUGAGAACGGCAAGUCAGACGAUACGUCAUACACCGAGGCGAGGAAUCACAGUCCCGAAGAGCACAAGUUCUUCAAUAAGUUCACCUUGCAACACACGAGCGAAAGCAAGACGUCUUUAAGCAGAAAAAUAAAUAAGAAGAAAUCCAUUUCCAAAGUUCACAACAUCGAGAACGGCAAAGCAAUUACCGUAACGGAGUUGUUUUCUCACGACUUAAAGAGCAAACAGGAGCACAGAUUACCCGAGAAGAAGCAUCAGUCGGAAAGCGCGGAAAAUCUAACGCCCGCUAAAUCUAAGACGGAUAGAAUCCUUGACCGGCAGAGAGAGAAAUUUAUCUAUCAAUGUAGCAUACAACAUAAAUUAAACAACGCUCGUUGAUAUCCGCGCAGUGCGGAUAUUUCAUAAUGCAACGCAGAUUUUCGCAACGCAGAGAGAAGGAAUAUGAGCAUAAAAUAUUUUAUCACCUACACGUAUUAUUGCUCUUAUUCCGUGAUCGCGCUUGCUAACGUAAGAUUUUGCCGCCAAUGUUAUCUUUUAUAAAACCGACCUAGAAACUAUUAUAUACGUAUAUGUACUUUACCUCUUUUCUUUUCGGAGCAAUCUUUUUUUGAUGAGUUUUUUCUUUAUUUUUUACUUGUGCUAUUACAAGAUAAUUUGUCUAAUUUGAAGUUGUAUACAUCCGUGUUGUCAUUCGUAA